CACCAGCACGAGCGUUGCGAAGCGCAGGACUGAGCGCCUCUAGAUGAAUAAUGGAAAUUGCAUGGAUUUUAUUCUGCCAUAAAAGUGCAAUGUGUGUUCAUUCAAAAUAAUUUUCAUUGUUUUGUUACAAAUCUAAAAAGGGAAAUGUGCAGGCGCGAAAGGAAGACGCGAUUGUGGUUCAGCACUCUGGACAGCGCACGCAAGUUGCGCCUGCUGCGACUUACUACUGGAGUUAUUUUGCCUAUUGAACACCAUGUUUAACAAAUGAAGAAUCAUGCUGCUGAUAAUAUUUUGACCAUCAACCGGGGCAAAUACACCGCAAGUGGACUUUUGAAGUGAGAAAUGGACUUUGCGGAAAUUCUGUUGGCUUCGUUCAUCGUUGUGGUCGCGAUUGUUUCUUUGUUGUCGAACUUACUGGUGUUGCUAUGCUUCAUUCACAGCAGCGAAAUACGCCGACAGGUGCCAGGGGUGUUCACCAUGAACUUGUCGUUUUGCAACAUACUGAUUUCCGUCCUGAACAUGCCGUUCACUUUAGUGGGGAUCGUGAAACACCAGCAGCCUUUUGGGGACUGCCUCUGUCGCGCGGUCAGCUUUCUGGAGACCUUCCUGACUGCCAACAGCAUGCUGAGCAUGGCAGCCCUCAGCAUAGACCGCUGGAUCGCUGUGGUGUUCCCGCUGAGUUACUCCAGCAAAAUGCGCUACCGGGACGCGCUGGUCAUGGUGUGUUACGCGUGGCUUUAUUCGCUCACGUUCUCCCUCAUCCCGCUGCUUUUCUCCUGGUUUGACUACAAUCCCAUUUACGCAUCCUGCACGUUGCAUUUGAACGAGGAGAGUGCGCGGAUUAAGUUCACUGUGUUCACCAUUGUCUUUCAUGCCACCAGCUUCAUGCUCUCGCUCCUGAUUUUGUGUGUUACAUACUUAAAGGUGUUAAAAGUUGCACGAUUUCACUGCAAGAGGAUUGACAUUAUAACCAUGCAGACCCUCUUCUUACUGGUAGAUAUUCACCCAAGUGUUAAGCAGCGCUGUCUUGCAGAACAAAAGAGGAGGAAACAGCGCGCCACUAAGAAAAUCAGCAUUUUCAUUGGGUCUUUCAUCAUCUGUUUCGCCCCUAAUGUCAUUACAAGGCUGGCUGAGCUGCUUCCCUUUGUGGACAUCAACCGACACUGGGGUAUUGUCAGCAAGUGUUUAACAUACAGCAAGGCAGCUUCAGAUCCGUUUGCCUACUCCCUCCUGCGCCAGCAGUACAAGAAGGUCUUGGCAACCGUGGCCAACCGCCUGUUAAAGCGUGAUUUAUACCCUUCCUCUGGACACAGCAGCUCUAUGGACACAGAGAAUGACUACAGUCUUCAAAGAAUCAGCUAAUGAAGCACAAAAUGAGACACAAACAGAA